CGGAAGAUGACGAUUUUAUCCAAUGAUCGUUCGCCAUAUUUGUUAGCUUUCCAGAUUGUAAAUAUAUUUUGAGAGGGUGUAUCUGAGGGAAAUAUUCUCAUCCUCAUCGUUGGAAUCUAGGCUGAUAGGCGCAACAAAAGAUUGUGGGUUAAUUUGAAACGCUACUGGUCGCCAUGGCAGCAGGGCCAUACAAUUACUCUUACAUCUUCAAAUAUAUCAUCAUAGGUGAUAUGGGAGUUGGCAAAUCAUGCCUGCUUCAUCAGUUUACAGAGAAAAAAUUUAUGGCAGAUUGUCCACACACAAUUGGUGUUGAGUUCGGAACCAGGAUAAUUGAGGUUGCCGGUCAGAAGAUUAAGCUGCAGAUAUGGGACACAGCGGGUCAGGAGAGAUUCAGAGCAGUGACAAGGAGCUACUACCGGGGGGCAGCCGGGGCACUUAUGGUCUAUGAUAUCACCAGGAGGAGUACAUACAAUCAUUUAAGUAGCUGGUUAACAGAUGCUAGAAAUUUGACCAACCCAAAUACGGUUAUAUUUUUGAUUGGUAAUAAGUCAGACCUUGAGGCUCAGAGAGAUGUAACGUACGAAGAAGCUAAACAAUUUGCAGAAGAGAACGGUUUGAUGUUUCUAGAGUGCAGUGCCAAAACUGGUGAAAAUGUAGAAGAUGCGUUUUUAGACACUGCCAAGAAAAUUUAUCAAAAUAUUCAAGAUGGAAGUCUCGACCUCAACGCUGCAGAAUCAGGUGUGCAGCACAAACCCACUACUCCUCGAAACGCGUUGAACACUGACCAGACCCCAUCUAAAGAGGGAUGUGCCUGUUAAAAUGUCACCUAUACCAACAGGAAACUAAUAAACACACCAUGUGACUGUUGGACCUGUCACCUCCCUCAGGCCACUCAGAAAUGCUCUCAUCUGGAAUUGCGAUGGGGAGGGUCACCUCCAUUAGCGACAAAGAGGGGUGACAGACAAAUGCAUAUUUUCAUGCAGUUGAGUAGUUUUAUGACAUUGGUGUACAAAAAAAAAUGGUCCAUUCCAUAUCCCUCAAAUUUUUUUUCCUUUGUUUUAUUUUCUUGCUUCCUCCUCUUCCGUGUACAGGUAAUUUUCUUCCCCUAAUAGCCCAAGGGGGAGGUUGAGUUUGUAAGCGUUGUACAUAUACUAGACCUUCUGAAUUACCCCCCUUAAUUAAACAUAGGGAGGCCAUUUAUGGUAUUGUUGCAAAUCUGUUUUGUAUUAGCCACAUGUGGUUUGGGAUAAACACUUUGAAUAAACAGCACACAUCCAUGUAUGUUAUCCUAAUAUCUUAGAUCAGUUCCCUCCACAUUUGUUUCAUUCGUGGCAAACUGUUCUGUGACUUUUUCCAAAAUACU